AUGGCAGAGCAACGCGCGCUCCGUGCCGCGACGCACUGGAGCGCACGCACAGUGCUGCCCCUUGCGGAAUCGCUCCUCUCGCACGCCUCCGUGCUGCGCGAGAUCAAUAUUUUAUGCCACGAGCUCGGCGCACAUGUAGAGGCGCAAUUCGCCGUGCAGCCGCCGUUUCCCUUUACGCUGCAGGCCUCUGUGCACGAUAGCAUUGGCGGCGUGGACGACACGGACGUGGUGCAUGCGCAGUGCAUCCCCACGCUGUGUAUCCGCGCCGUGGACCGCAAAGAAGCGCUCGUCCAGUACUGGAGCGUGCCGCAAGUCCUCGCCAAGAUGCAAUCCCUGCGCACGAUGCGCGCCGCCCAAGCACGUCCACGCACCGCGCAGCACAUGGACGUGCGCAAAGAGGUGCUUGGGGAGACGCGCCCCGUGUACACACCUGUCGGACGCAUCCAUGUACCUUUAUUUCCCGUCGCCGCACACUCGUCUGCAUCCUGGACACUCGCAAUCCGCGCCGUUGCGUUCCACGGCACGCUGGGCCGUGCACACACGAGAAUUUCUUUUGUGCAAAAAACAUCUACACACUGGGUCUUUUGCGUGGCGAUCCGCUCUGUCGCCGGUCUGUGCGCAGCGGAGUUUGACCAGGCCCAUUUGCAAAUCCGCCUAAGCGCGUUUUCCGGCCAGCGCGCGGAUGCGGAGGUGUACGCAACGCGGCCUAUUUUGCUCCAUGGGAACAUCCAGUCGAGCGACGCGCUAUGUAUGCAGCGCACCUUGCGCAUUCCGCGGUGCGCACACACCGAUGCAUGGCUUACGCACGGCACGGCCAUCGUCACCGUCUUUGCCAAACCGACGCACGCACACAUUGCACGUAUACUCGCUCAAGACGCUGAGCAGGAACGCCGCGCGCUUGGCACACCGCCGCGCUUCGGUGCAGACUUUUUGCGCCUCGAUGCACCGUACCUGCACACGCGCGUGAACGAGACCAAGCGGCGCACGGCGUCGGCGCACGGCGUGCACGUAAGCGUACGGGUCUUGACGCCGCACGCGCCCGCACCGGUGCCCGCCACAAGACCGCCGCACAUGGUACUUACUCCUGCACCCACCAAGCACAUUGUCCUUGUCCUCCAGCACGACUCGGGCACUGCGCUGCCGUGGGGCGCAAUCCGGAGCAUACAGCUGGGCGAUGUGCGCACCAUGGACAGCACAGGCACGACCUGCGCACACGACCCGUCGUUUCAGUCGCUGCAGCGCACGUCCGAAACCAGCACCAAGGACGACGCCUUGUGUGUACACGCAUGUUGGGACGCCGUGCACGACUGCUUCCUUGUACCGACCGUGCGCGGCCAGCAUUUGCGCGCGACACUCGAGAUUGUCGCGGAGAUGGGCAAUGCGCAGUGCACACUGUCCAUGCCGCUCUAUUUUCGCGUGCAGCGCUCGGCGCAGCGCGGCGCGGCCACUGCGCUGCAUGGCCUGUUCCGCGUUGCACUGCUGCCCAGCGCGAUUUGUAGUCCGCACGAGCUUUGGCGUGUAGAUACACGGAUGCACCAGGUCCCUGGUGAGGCUGUGCUUGGCCCCUGGCUUCCCCGCGGCAUCUCCCUCAUUGCCCACUACGUUGCCGCGCUUGAUUUCUGUGCACACACGGCGGCGGUGUGCCGCACACGCAUGCAGCUUGGAGCGUGCACCGUGCGGCGCGGCACACCGCCCGACAUUCAUGCUGUACUUGCGCUGUGGUACAGCGCGGCAACAGGCUCCAUCGCGUGUGUGCAUGCGCACUGGAACAACGCGCGCCAAAGCACCGCAACGGCGCAAGUGCACACGACUUCGGACCGCGUCGAGCUCGACACCGCGUGUGCGAUGCACGGAUGGCUUGCUAUGCAGACAGAUCCCAUCGCAGAUGCCUGGAAUACUUAUUGGUGCGAACUACGGCCUCCGUUUCUACUGCUGCGCACGUCCAAGAAGAGCGAUAUUGUGCGCACAAUGUACUUGCAUGAUGUGCAUGCAUUCCACGCAGACAUCCCAAAGCGCAAGCACACCUUGGCACUGUACACCGCACUGAAUUCCUACCUGUUCGCCGCACAGACUGCCGCCGAAGCGGCGCGGUGGCAAAGGCGGCCGCGCUCGUGCCUUGCUGCUUGCUGCUUGCUGCGGAUGUGGGAGCUGCGCCGCGGCCCCGAUGCUGGCACGCGCGCAAGUCCGGCGCUGGACGAAGUCUUGCGGGUGCGGAAACGCGAGGGUAGUAGUGAUGACGAGCUUUUUAUCCCGAAGCGGCCCCAUCGCACGCUUGCCGAGGCGUUCGACACCCACCCAUGCGUGCUUCCCAGCACCGCCGCAAGACUUACGCAGCGUGCAAGCCCACAGAAACCGAGCAUUGUCAGCAUGAUUCCUGAAGACGAGAUUGCGCGGCGGCGCGACGCUGCUUUGGAGCUGCAGUACAAGCUGCCGUACGAAUUAGCGUCUACGGUGGCACUCCCAGCACACAUGCAGCUGCUCCUCGAGCAGCACAUGGCCGUAGAGCAGAGUUUGCUGGUGCACAUGGCCACGCAUGGAGCACCUGCUGCCGAAUGGGAUGCGAGCACGCCGUUCGCAAGGCGGGUGCGCAUGCCGAGCAUCAUUGCCUUUAGCGUGCUCAAGCCCAUGGUCGAGCGCACUUCGCGCCGCUCCUUUACCACGGACGACUUCAAGCGGCUCGUGUGGGUAUGGUCGAAUGCGCCCCACACAAAGCGAGCGCCGCGCGAAAUGCUCACGCCCGCCUCGCCGUCCCACCGCGAGGAGGAAGCGGCGGGGGGGAUGGGAUUUGUGCUUACGCGCAUCCGCAGCGUCGACCCGCAAACACACCGGCGCACGUAUGACCAUGCAGUCGGCAUUGAAAUGGUGCAUGUAGAAGCGGGGCCGGCGCACACGUGCUUUGGCUCGCCCGGCAACGAUACGAGUCCGUCGGCGCGCCGCGUGCUUCGAUCGCCACAAGGACCAUCACGCCGUGAGGAUAUGAGCAGCCUUGCGGUGUGGAACAAUGGGCUUGGGGAGCGGCGUGCCGAGUUUGCGCGGCGUCUUUGUGCGCUGGUCGGCGUCGAGCACGCUGCGUGGCUCGCGCGCCACGAAAUCUCCGUACAAGCGUGCAAAGGCAGCUGGAGCGCUGCGCAGCAUGCGUCUGUCGACAUACCCACCACGCCCACCACGCCGCCGCAAGGCUAUCGAAUUGCGCCUGAGACAGGCAUCAUGACGCCGAGUGCGACGCGAUCCCCAGGGCACCGUACGCAGCGCACCAUGCGCGAUAUUCCGCCAUCGCCCACCUCGCCCACCGCCCCGGGCCACGCUGCGAUGCCACACACCCCGCCCCGCACACUGCGCCGAUUACGAGGCACACUGUACGCAUGGCACCCCUCAUUUCCUCUCGAUACAGCAGCGCAGGUGCCGCUCGCAAGGCUCCCGUCGCUGCACGUCGCGCCGCCCAUUCCCAUUCGUUCUCGGUACGAGGCGCAGCCUGUGCCAGACGCUGCGUCAGCGCCCUCCAUGUCGCUCCUCGAGCGCAUCCGCGCGAAAGAGCAGGCCAACAAAUCCUCGCGCAACACAGGCCCUGCCGGCGCGGGCGCCGCAACGCUGCACAAGCGCUCGAUGCUCUCGCGCCUCGGCGAGGUGGCCGAUGCGAUUUACUUUUUGUACCUGACCUCUGAUGUGCCUGUGCGGGUGCGCGGAUCGCUCCAAGCCCGCGUGCUGCCCCUCCAAGAGGUGCUUGCGGCGCUGGAGAAGUCGGCCAAGAACGUAGUGAGUCGUGCAGAGAGCGACGCGGCGGUGAGCAUGUUGAUGGACAUUGUGCCUGGCUGGCUCGAGCGCAGUGCUGUGGGCCGCCAAGAAUGGCUGUGGCUCAAGACAGAUACCCAGCGGCUCGCUUUGCGCCACGUCCGUGCACGGAUCCAAGCGGCACUGGACAAGGAGCGUGUAUAG